CCCAUUUGCUUAGCUUGAAACCAGAAGCGAAGUUUAGGGUUUGGGGAACAAGUCCAGGAAACUGCGUCUUUUGAUAAGACAGAUAAACCGAAUGUAGUUUGAAACAAGGCAACGUUUAGGGGUUUUUGUAUUAGAAAUAGAGAUUAGGUUUGGCGUCCAAUUUGUUCUUUGUCCGGUCUUGGACUUGACUCGACUUGAUCUGUGGGUGCCCACACACACCUUUACUCCCCGGACAUGGCGGGUCUCUGUGGUCUGAAGAUCUCGCUGGUCGGGCUCCUGAUGCUUGUUUUGGCUUGCUGUGACUCUAAUAAAUCCACCUUACCUCCACUCAGUGGCACAGUUUCUUCGCAACCUGUGUCCACCCAACUUCCAAGCACCUCAACAGCACAAGCUGUUAAAAUCCCAGAGGCUCCCAGCAUACCUACACUCACCUCUUCAUCCACCAACUUAUCUUCUUCAGUUCAGUCAAACCAUUCAUCCAACGUGUCUGCCAUUACCUCACCUGCAAGCACCUCACCUGCAAGCACCUUAAAUGAGACUACAUUCUCUUCAGCCACCAUUCAAUCAUCUCUUCAGGCAGGCACCUCACCCCCAAGCACUCAGUCAACCACAACAAUGGCUGCCACCACAGCUGAAGCAGAUCCAAAGUGUUCUUACAGAGUUGAAACGGUCCAGUUUGGUCUCCUGAUGAAGAUAACAUAUUUUACUCCUCAUAACUACACCAUAGAGGUUGCUGAGAAGGAAGGUCGAUUUAAAAGGAGAUCCACUGUUUCUUUCUCCAAUGAAAACUCAACUCAUGAAAUCAAACCUCUGAAGCCGUGCACCGAAUAUGAGCUAAUCGUCACUCUGAUUCCCACUAAUGGUACAGAAAUAACCUGUAACAAAACUGAUAAUAAAACAACAAUAACAACAACUGGAAUGAGUGAACAAGACAUUAAAAAAGCCUCCUGUCCUUCUGGAUAUUUGUGCUACCAAAGUGGUUGGAACAUCAGCUCUUUAGUAUCAAAACACAACAAGGUUUCAGCUGCAGAGUUCAUCAAUGGAUCGUAUCGUUUCAAACCUGCUUAUGAGGACAUUUGCACUGAUUUUGUUUUGAAGUUCCCUGAUAAAAACUGCAACAUUUCCUUCAACUCCUCUGAAUAUAUUCCUGUUGAUUUCAUUGAUCCAAAUGACAUAAAUCAGACUGCACCCACUGAACUUCCUGCAAAGAUAGAAACAAAGUUUCCUUCAAACUGUAAAAAUCUCAGUGUUGAGUACAAAUGUUCAGGAAAGGACAAUAACUCUGUUGAACCUUCUGACAUGAAGCCGUUCACAGACUACAGCUGUACUGGUCACAUCAAGAACAACGGUGUCUUCAUAAAUAAGACCACUCCACCUGUCCAGUUCAACAUUAACUGUGAUUUUACAAUAAGAAACCUGAAGGCCAAUUCAACCAAUACUUCCAUUGAGCUGAACUGGAAAACAACCAGUGAUAAAUGUCAAGGUGUUCUCCACAGUCUGACGAACCUCUCUUAUAGCUGCAGCUGUCAAGACAAGAAAUCUAAAGAAAGGAUGAUGAAUGUUUCUGAAGGAAGAAGGUGUGAAAUAAAAAACCUUAAACCAUACGAGGAUUACAUCUGUGAAGUCCGUCCCAUCUAUGGUGAUCGACGUGAUUUCAAAGGGGAAACAUUUAAAGAGAAGACCCAGCCUGGAAUACCAGAACCUCCAACAGGUCUUCAGGUGUCACUUCCAGAGAACAACGUGAUCAAAGUGAAAUGUGAACAACCUCUUCAUUUAAAUGGACCAAAGACAAACUACUUUGUACAACUUCUUAAUGUUGCUGGCAGCCAGCAGAAUAAGACAAGCUGUGAUUUUGAAUUGAAGGAUCUGAACUACUUAACAUCCUACACAGUGAAGGUGGUAAUCUUCAACGGACGCUUUAACAGCACACCUGUGACACGUUCAGCUGUCACUCAUUAUAACGACAAAGCUCUUAUUGGAUUUCUGGUCGUUCUCAUCAUCAUCACCUCUGUGGCUCUUCUUUUGGUCCUCUACAAGAUCUUUGUUCUGAGACGCAGAAAAUCCCAAGAUUUGGGCGAACGCAUAUCGCUAAUUAACCAAGCUGAUGAAGAGAGUUUGAUCCCCGUUGAACCGAUUGCAGCAGAAGUCCUGCUGGAAACCUACAAAAGGAAGCUCGCUGAUGAAGGGAGGCUUUUCCUGGCCGAGUUUCAGAGCAUUCCCAGAAUUUUCUCAAAAAACACAGUGAAAGAAGCAAAGAAGGGCUGCAACGCCCCCAAGAACCGCUACGUGGACAUCCUGCCAUAUGAUUAUAAUCGGGUCCCACUGGCCACAGGAAACGGAGAGGCAGGAUGUGACUAUAUUAACGCCAGUUUCAUUGAUGGGUACAAGGAACCCAAAAAAUACAUUGCAGCUCAAGGACCAAAGGACGAAACUGUGAGUGACUUCUGGAGGAUGAUCUGGGAGCAGCAGUCCUCUAUUAUUGUCAUGGUGACUCGCUGUGAAGAAGGGAACAGGAUCAAGUGUGCCCAGUACUGGCCUUCUCCUGAACGAGACACUGAGAUCUAUGAGGAGUUCAUUGUGAAGCUGACAUCAGAAGACCAUUGCCCAGAUUACACCAUACGCCAUCUGAGCCUGACUAAUAAGAGAGACAAGAACUCUGAGAGGGAAGUGACUCACAUCCAGUUCAUGAGCUGGCCUGACCACGGUGUCCCAGGAGAGCCGCACCUCCUCCUGAAACUGAGGCGACGCGUCAAUGCUUUCAAGAACUUCUUCAGCGGCCCCAUUGUUGUUCACUGCAGUGCUGGGGUCGGCAGGACCGGUACCUACAUCGGCAUCGAUGCCAUGAUGGAGGGCCUGGAAGCAGAGAGCAGGGUGGACAUUUACGGAUAUGUUGCCCAACUCCGAAGACAAAGAUGCCUCAUGGUCCAAGUGGAGGCCCAGUACAUCCUGAUCCACCAGGCCCUGCUAGAGUACAACCAGUUUGGAGAAACAGAGGUCACUCUGUCAGAGCUGCACAGCACACUGAGCACGCUCAAACAGAAAAACUCAGACAGCGAACCCACCCUAAUGGAAGAAGAGUUUGAGCGACUCCCCUCCUUUAACAACUGGAGGACCUUUAACACAGGCAUCACAGAAGAGAACAAGAAAAAGAACCGCUCUUCAUCUAUCAUCCCAUAUGACUACAACCGAGUGUUACUGAAGAUAGACGAAGACCAGAGUCAGGACAGCGAGGCUGAUGACGAUGACCAGGAGGAAUCAUCAGAUGAAGAAGAUGAAGACUCCACUAAAUACAUUAAUGCCUCUCACAUUAAUGGUUACUGGGGACCACGUUCCCUGAUCGCAGCCCAGGAUCCACUACCAGACACCUUCGCUGACUUCUGGUUGAUGGUUUCCCAGAAGAAGGUAUCUACUAUAGUCAUGCUUUCAGAACACAAAGAGGGUGGUGAACCUAUUUACUGGAAUAAAGAGAAGGAGACAUUUGGAGAUUUUGAGGUAGACGUUUCAAGUACAGAAAUUACUCCAGCUUUCAUCACCCGCAACAUGGGGGUCCGAUAUGUCAAGCGAAAAGAGAAUCGGCAAGUGAAACAUUUCCAGUUCCUGAAAUGGGAAGGCACAGAUCUGCCAGAGAACCCUCAGGAUCUCAUAGAUAUGAUCAAGGAAGUAAAACGCAACUGUGUCGGCAGCAAAUCCCAGAGGAUGCCCAUAGUUGUCCACUGCAACGACGGAUCAACCCGUUCGGGAAUCUUCUGUGCACUGUGGAACCUGCUGGACAGUGCAGAAACUGAGAAGCUGGUUGAUGUUUUCCAAGUGGUCAAAACGCUACGCAAAGAGAGGAAGAAGAUGAUCUCCAGCCCUGAGCAGUACCAGUUCCUUUACAAGGCUCUAGAGGGCGCCUUCCCAGUCCAGAACGGGGAAGUGAAACCAGUAAAGAGUUCAGCCUCCGACAGCGUUCAGAUUGUUAAUGAAACCCAAGCAGCAGCAGAAGCAAAAAAGAAACCAGCUGAAGAGAAGGCUGAGGAGCCACCCAGCACUACCAGCAGCGACCGGCAGGCGGAGAGCACUCCUCUGGUGGCUGAAAGCGGAACGGAAAAGAAGGAAGCGGGGCCUGCAAAAGAAUCCAGCGCCCUCACAGAGUCCACUCAGGAGGAAACCAGCAAUGGUCCCACAGUCACUGUGGAGGUCUGAGAUGAUGGAGGGAUCUAUUCAUCCUGAGCUGUUUAUGCUUUAGUUUAUUGCUUUUAUAAAAAUUAUAUUAUGAAUGUAUAAACAUUGUAAAGAUUUAACUCAGUAUGAGUCUCAGUGGAAAUUAGAAAUAAUUAGAUUGAAUAGUGCUGUUUACUUUCAAAACCUGUUUUUAAUUUUUGUAAGUUAUAAAGAUUCUAAGUAAAAGGUUAUUUUCCCUGUUGACAAAGUUACUAGAACUGCUGUCAUCAAACUAUGGAUCACAAACAUACUGUAUUGUAAAAGUCAGCCAAUAGAUGAAGAUUAAAUACACAGUGGGUUAGUUAUUUUGUUUGGUACUCUGUAUGUGCUGGGUUGAAUUUAGUUUGUAUUUUUGUUUUUUUCGCUAAUUGCUGUUCACACACACCGCAGUCCACAUUUACAUAUUGUAUAUCUGAUAUGUAAUAAUAAUUUAGCUGUUAAAAUUUAAAAUUCAUUGUGUACUGCUUUAUUUCCUUCCUGAAAUAAAAUUAAAAUGUUUUAUUUAUGCAGACCUGCCUUAAGUAUUCAUAAAUUCAAAAACGAUAUUUCUCAAAGUGACGUUAUUUCCAGUUCGGUGCUGUACUGGAAAAAUUGUGUAAUAUUCUCUCUGCCAGCAGAAAUAAACAAUAUUUUAUUAAAAUCC